AUGGGCAAACUCGAUCAGUCUCUGGAUGAGAUCCUCUCCAGCCAGCGCAAGAAUAGCCAGGGCCGUCGCCGCUCCCAGCGUCGCUCUGUUGGCGCCAAGCCUGCCGCUGCCCCCGCCGGUGGCAUCCAGAAAACCACCAAGCCUGCCCGGACUGCAUCCAAGCCUGCUUCCGGCAAAGGUGCCGGUUUGACCGGUGAGAGCAAGAUCAUGGUCAGCAACCUGCCCAAGGAUGUUUCCGAAGCGCAGAUCAAGGAAUACUUCCAGCAAGCUGUUGGUCAGGUCAAGAAGGUCGAGAUCUCCUACGGCCCCGGGGGUGUCAGCCGUGGUCUCGCCCACGUCACUUUCCACCACGCCGAUGGAGCCAGCAAAGCUUUCUCCACUCUCAAUGGUCUUCUCAUUGACAAUCGCCCGGUCAAGGUCGAGGUGAUCGUUGCUUCUGCCGAUCUCAUUCCCCAGCCCAAGACUCUGGCUCAGCGUAUUGCGCAGCCCAAGGCUCAACCCAAGUCUGCCGCCACUGUCAAGCAUGGUGCCAAUGGCGCCAAGGGUGCUCCCGCUGCUGGCAAGGCUGGCGCCAAGAAGGCUCCUCGCAAGGGCCGCAACAACCGCCCAGCCAAGAAGACUGCCGAGGAGCUUGACUCUGAGAUGGCUGACUACUUUGACAGCGGUGCCACUGAGCCUGCCGCCGCCAACGCUGCCGCGGCCCCAGCUGCCGGUGGUGAUGCUGCGAUGGAGGAGGACGUUCUUUAA